GCUACUUAGUAGUUCUAUUAAUAUUUAGUACUUCACUUCAAAUUCUAUUAUAAAUCUGAAAUGAAUCUAGUAGUUAUGCAGAAAUAUAAAAUUGUUCAAAACACAAUUUUGUAACUUUAAUGUAACACUGGCUCACCAUUUUAAUAUUUAAUACUUCACUUCAAAUUCUAUUAUAAAUCUGAAAUGUAUCUAGUAGUUAUGCAAGAAAUAUAAAAUUGUUCAAAACACAAUUUUGUAACUUUAAUGUAACACUGGCUCACUUAUUAUAAACUUCUAACUUGCAUGAAGCUUCUAUACAAUGCUCAUCUAAGGGAAAGAUACGUUCAAACCACCAAUUUUUUUUAUAUAAUUUCUUGGACCCUGGCAUAAAUCAGACACCCAAACACACCUUCAACUUGUAAUGUAGAUGAUAUAUAGGUUUCUGUUGAAGUUGGAGUUUAUUUGAAGUCCCACAUUGUUUAGGUUCCUUGGCUGUUGAAUGUAUAAAUAUGUGACGGCAACCUCACCCUUUGAAUUAGCUUUUAGGGUUGAGACCCAAGCAUAUUUAACAUGGUAUGAGAGUCUGAUUAAGCUCCAUGCGAUGAGGGAGCAGAAGUGGAUCUAGUGUGGAUCAAGGCCUGGUGAUGCGGGUGUCCCUCAUCGACUAGAUUCAUGAACAUUUAGCCCCAUUGAGCUUUCCGGCGCUCUCCGGACUCUCCAACAAGUGGUAUUAGAGCCGUCACCCUUUGAGUUAGCUUUUAGGGUUGAGAUCCAAGCUCUCCAUUUUUAUGUCCUGUUGAAUUGUACAGCCACUUCAUAUCCUUAUGUUCAUUAUUAGCUGUCCCAACCCAAAAGCUCAAUCAAAGUUAUUAUAAAAGCAAAGUUAGUUCAUCAUUCUGUCUGCCACAUCUUAGUGGUUAAAGUGGCUCAAUCAAACUCUUCUCAACAAUCUUUACUGGCCAGUGGGGAUUAGUUUCAUGAACUUUAUGCAAAAGUAGAUUCUUUCUUCAUAUGAAAAUAAAUAAAUAAAAUACAAAUAAAGUCAAUAAUGGAACCUUGCAUCAAUUAUUGAACUUUGCACUGUGGCCUUCAUGAUUCCCAAUAUAUCAGCUACUUGCUUACUUGCUAGCACAGCAUUCUGCACACAGUUCUUUCUGUUUACUUCAGCACUUCAAAAUUCAAUCUAAACCAACUAUUCAUUUUCUUUUUUUUUUCAUCUCUUUCAUUACUGAAAAAAUGGCUGAGGCCUUGCUUGGAUUUGUGUUAGAGAAUUUGUCAUCUCUGCUUCUGAAUGAAUUUUCCACCAUUUUCGGAAUCAAGUCAAAGGUUGAAAAGCUGUCACCCACCUUAGAUCUCAUUAAGGCAGUCCUUGAAGAUGCUGAGCAGAAACAAAUCACCGACGGCUCUAUUAAGGUAUGGCUGCAACAACUCAAAGAUGCUGUAUAUGUGCUAGAUGAUAUCCUUGAUGAAUGUUCCAUUGAAUCUAGCCGACUGAGGGGCUCUAUCAACCCGAAGAACUUAAUUUUUCGUCGUGACAUAGGUAACAGGUUGAAAGAAAUUACAAGGAGAUUAGACGAUCUUGCUGAUAGUAAAAACAAAUUUCUUCUACGAGAGGGUAUUACUAUUAGGGAAAGCUCAAUUGAAGUACCUGAAUGGCGCCAAACCAGCUCAUUUAUUGCUGAACCUAAAGUUUUUGGACGACAAGAUGAUCAAGACAAGAUUGUUGAGUUUCUUCUCACCCAAGCAAGGGACUCUGACUCUCUUUCCAUCUAUCCCAUUGUUGGCUUAGGCGGUGUUGGAAAAACAACUCUUACUCAAUUGGUCUACAAUGAUGUUAGGGUGACUGGAAAUUUUAAUGCAAAAAUUUGGGUUUGCGUUUCUGAGGUAUUUUCGGUCAAGCGGAUUCUAUGUUCCAUUAUAGAAUCUAUAACAUCUGAGAAGUGUGAUUCCUUACAUUUAGAUGCAAUACAACUAAAGGCGCAAGAUUUGUUGCAAGGUAAAAGAUAUUUUCUAGUUUUAGACGAUGUAUGGAACAAGACUCAAGAACUAGAAUCUGGAUUAAGCCAAGAGAAAUGGAAUAAGUUAAAAUCCGUGUUGUUUUGUGGAUCUAGAGGCUCUUCCAUUUUAGUUUCCACUCGAGAUGAGGAUGUUGCGGAAAUUGUGAGAACAUGCCAAACUUAUCAUUUGUCUGGUCUCCCAGAAAAUGAAUGUUGGUUGUUGUUCAAACAAUAUGCAUUUGGACAUGAUAAGGAAGAACGCGCAGAACUUGUGGCAAUAGGGAAGGAGAUAGUGAAGAAAUGCGGUGGAUUGCCUCUUGCGGCACAAGCAUUGGGAGGUCUGAUGCGAUCAAGGAGUGGAGAAAAAGAAUGGCUUGAAGUUAAAGAGAGCAGAAUUUGGGCUUUAACACAUGAGAAUUCAAUCUUGCCUGCCUUGAGGUUGAGCUACUUCCAUUUAACUUCGACCUUAAAGCAGUGUUUUUCUUUUUGUGCUAUAUUUCCCAAAGAUUGGAUAAUCAUGAAAGAAGAACUCAUUCAUCUUUGGUUGGCUAAUGGAUUUAUUUCGUCUAGAGAAAAUUUGGAGGUCGAAGAUGUUGGCAGCAUGAUUUGGAAUGAAUUGUGCCAAAAAUCAUUCUUUCAAGACAUUAAGAUCGAUGAAUAUUCUGGAGACAUUUCUUUCAAGAUGCAUGAUCUUGUCCAUGAUCUUGCUCAGUCGAUAAUGGGGCAAGAGUGUGUGAUUUUAGAGGAUGAAAAUAUGGCUAAUUUGUCAAAAAGUACACAUCAUAUCAGUUUUCACAAUGCUCUUCAUUUAUCAGCCGACAAGAGUGCCUUGAAAAAAAUAGAAUCCUUACGCACAAUGUUUGACUUGAAUCAUAAUGGUUAUCUAGACACCGAUUACUUCCCAGGAAAUUGUUCUCUUCGUGUUUUAUGCAUCUCCCUUCACCAGGUAUCAUCACUCGGAAGCUUAAUUCAUUUGAGGUAUUUGCAACUUUAUGGUCUUGAAAUUGAAAACAUCCCUGACUCGAUUUACAACUUGCAUAAAUUAGAAAUCUUGAAAUUGAUAAAUCUUUCAAAACUGAGAUAUCUACCGAAACGUUUGGCUGGCUUACAAAAUCUUAGGCAUCUUGUUAUUGAAGAUUGUGAUGCACUUUCUCAAUUGUUUCCCUACGUUGGAAAAUUAACUUGCCUUAGAACACUAAGUGUAUACAUCGUUAGUUUAGAGAGAGGACAAAGUUUGACAGAAUUAUGUGAUCUAAACCUUGGAGGCAAACUGAAUAUCAAAGAGUUAAACGAUGUUGGUAGUUUAUCUCAUGCUCAAGAGGCCAACUUGAUGGCUAAAAAAGAACUCCGUGAAGUAUGCAUGUCAUGGAGCGACAAUGGCAUUGACGAAAUCACUGAGACUCCGACUUUUAGUUCUGAGCAAGUACUAGAAAGGCUUCAACCUCACACAAAUCUCAAAAGCUUGAAGAUACAUUACUAUAACGGGUUAUGUUUCCCAAGUUGGAUCCAAACUCUAACUAGUUUAGUUUCUCUUGAACUUAAGGGCUGCAACAACUGUGUGCGGGUUUCACGACUUGGUAAACUACCAUCUCUUAAGAAACUUGAACUAUGGGAUAUGAAUAAUGUGAAAUUUGUGGAUGAUAAUGAUGAAGGCGAUGACGAAUCUCACGACAGUAUGGACAUGAAGAUUUUCCCAUCUCUUGAGGAACUCAUAUUAUAUGGUUUACCAGGAUUAGAGAGGUUGUUAAAAGUGGAAAGAAGGGAGAUGUUUCUUUGUCUUUCUAUUUUAAAAAUUUACUUUUGCUCUCAACUUAGAUUGCCAUGUCUUCCAUAUGUUAAAGAAUUCUCUGUAUUUGAAUGUAACAAUGAGUUACUGAGUUCAAUCUCUAGCUUCUAUGGUCUUACUAGCCUUUACCUUAGUCGAGGUAUAGGAAUAACAUCCUUUCCGGAGGGGAUGUUCAGAAACCUUACUUGUCUUCGAUCUCUAACAGUAACUAGAUUUCCGAACUUGAAGGAGUUACCAAAUGAACCCUUUAACCAUGCUUUGAACUGGCUGAAAAUCUCUUCCUGCGAUGAGCUUGAGUCUUUACCAGAAAAAAUUUGGGAAGGUCUGCAAUCCCUUCGAACCUUGUCAAUUCAUCAUUGUACAAAAUUGAGAUGCUUGCCGGAGGGUAUUCGACACCUCACUUCUCUAGAGGUUCUGAAUAUUCGAUUUUGCCCAACAUUAGAGGAGCGAUGCAAGAAGGAAACAGGGAAGGACUGGAACAAGAUAGCGCAUAUUCCGAAUUUAAAUAUUCGUUAGAAUGAAGUAGUGGAGAUGUCUACUCUUAUAUGCAUCCAUAUUCGCCACAGUUCCACCUCCACCAAUCGCUAUGGUCGUGCUGUUUUGCUGUGGAGUAUGUCUGAGUCUGAGACUUGAGUAUAAAAGAAGGCGUUUGAUUGAUCAAGUUAUGUCUACUGUUUUGUUUGAAACUAGGAGCUUCAUGCAGUGGAAGUUCUUAUGACUGCUCAAUUUUAUUGUUGUUUGUGUGAUUGUGAUUUGGGAGUGAUUAUGUUUAAACUUGGUAAUAUGUAUGACAGUGAGCUUUCUGAUGGUACCAAUAUUAUCGUUGUUGUUUGUGUUUUUGUU